AUGGGUCUUGGUGGUAGUAAUUUAAAAAUUCCAGGUGGCGGUACGGAAGGUUUUCAUGUCCUUCGUGUUCAAGAGGGUUCACCUGGACACAAAACUGGCUUGGAAGCAUAUUUCGAUUUUAUUGUUAGUAUCAACGGUAUUCGACUUGAUACAGAUAAUGAUAGAUUCAAAGAAGUAUUAAAAGAAAACGCUGGCAAACCAGUCGAACUACUUGUCUAUAGUAGUAAAACACAAACAGUACGACAGCUAACAUUAAUUCCCCAUGAAAAUUGGGGUGGCCAAGGUUUACUUGGAUUAAGUAUUCGUUUUUGCACAUUUGAUAAAGCAAAUGAAAAUGUUUGGCACGUCUUAGAUGUUCAACAACAUUCACCAGCAGCAUUAGCUGGUUUACGUUCGCAGAACGAUUAUAUUAUUGGAGCUGAUACAUUAUUAAAUGAUGCCGAGGAUUUAUUUACAUUAAUUGAAACAAAUGAAGGAAAACCGCUUAAACUCUAUGUUUACAAUAGUGAAAGUGAUAUGACACGUGAAAUAACUCUUACACCAAAUGUUGGAUGGGGCGGAGAAGGCAGUUUAGGUUGUGGUAUUGGUUAUGGUUAUCUUCAUCGAAUACCAAUUCGAACAACUAGUUCACCACCAGUAACAAAAACAAAUGCUGCUGGUCUUAACGGAAUUAAUACUACUGAUAAAAUGCCAAUACUUUCGGCUAUGCCAUCAUCAAAUUUAAAUGGGGGUACAAAUAUGAAUUUUACAUUUCAACCUGCUAAUAUGCCACCAAUAACAGUUACAAUGCCAAGUUUAUUUGUUCCACCACCGGUUAAUACAAUAGCAAGUAAUUCAAACGAGACAGCAACAACAACUUUAGGAACUCAACCAAUAACAUCAACAGCUAAUGAUCCAAGUCAAUUUGCGAAAUAUUUUGGUGAUAUGACAAUUAAUCCAUCGGCUACUCCUUCAGUUAACCCUGUACCAACAACUUUUCCAUCGAGUCCUUCAACAUUCGCUCCUACUUUUACUAACGCUCAGUUUUCUUCUCCAGUUCAACAUCAAUUUACAAAUCCAGGGCUAAAUGAACAAUUACCAACAAUCGUCUCUCCUCCAGUAAUGCCACCAUCAAAUCUAGGUAUGCAACAUUUUCAACAACAACCAACAAAUCCAGGCCCAACUGAUCAAUACACAUCAAUAAUACCUCCGCCGAUGAUGCCACCUUUUAGCACUGGAUUAGGACAUCCUCAACAACAAUAUUUUCAACCUACUCCACCAUCACUAUUUACUGAUUCUCAAUAUCAAUAUCAACAAGCACCAAUACAAUUCAAUCCAAACAUGAAUACAUUCAAUGCUUUUUCAAUUCCAUCACCGACAUCUAUUCAACAAACAUCAUCAUUUAUUCAUGAUCACGAUAAUAGUGGACAUGGACAUAGUCAUGACCAUGGUGAUGGCCACGGUCAUAGUCAUGAUCAUAGCGAUGGCCAUGGUCAUAGUCAUGAUCAUAGCGAUGAUCACGGGCAUAGUCAUAAUCAUUAA